CCUACUCUGCUCUGGAAAUCAUCCCAACUCUGCCUGAAGAUAAUCCUGGUUGCCUCCACAUCCACUCAACAUGACCUCCAGCAUGUCAGUGAGGAGCUUCUCCAUCAACCGCCAGCCUUCCUUUUCCAGUCGCUCCCUCAUGGACACGGGCCGCACUCGCUCCCGAGCCUCGGUGUCUUUUGCGGCAUCAAGUCCUCUGUCCAGAUCUGCUUCUAUCAGCCAGGAUCUGAACGGCCCAAGUAACCUCCAGCUUAAUGGCCUGCACGGCAACAGCACCAACGAGAAGGAGGCCAUGCAGAGUCUCAACAGCCGCCUGGCCAACUACCUGGACAAGGUGCGCUCACUGGAACGCUCCAACGCUGACCUGGAGUCAAAGAUCAAGCAGCUGAUGCUCGACCGGAUCCCCAAAGGACACGACCUUGACUCCAUGAUGGCCCAAGCUCAUGCCGUUGAGCAAGAGGUGAGAAAGAGAACGUUGGAGAAUGCUCGUCUCAUGCUGGAGAUCGAUAAUGCCAAACUGGCUGCUGAUGAUUUCAGAAUUAAGUGGGAGACUGAGCUGGUGAUGUGUCAGUCCGUGGAGCGAGACUGCGUCGCACUAAAAAAGGCCAAGACAGAUCACGAGCAGAUCAUUUCUUCUCUGAGGGGAGAUCUGGACAGCCUGAAAGAAGAACUGUACUUCCUGAAGAAAAACCACGAGGAGGAGCUCGAGCAGAUGAAGUCUCGCAUCGCAAGAGACGAGGUGAAUGUGGAGGUGGAUUCUGCCAGCGGACCAGAGCUGGGCACUAUUUUGUCCGAACUGCGUACCCAGUAUGAGGGGAUUGUGAAGAGGAACAAGGAGCAGGCGGAGCAGUGGUACCGCAAAAAACUGGAGACGGUGCAGAAUGAGGUAAAGGAGAGCAACGAAGCUCUGAGAGGAGCCCAGAGCGAGCUCACUGAGAGGCAGCGCUUCCUGCAGACCCUGGAGGUGGAGCUGGAGAGUCUGCACAAACAGGUCACGGCACUGGAAAUCAACCUGGGAGAGACGGGUCAGAAGUACUCUUCUGAGAUGGAGCGUCUGCAGGUCACUCUGAACCAGCUGGAGGACGACCUCUCUCAGCUCCGGCUGGAAAUGCAGCGCACCAAGACCGACUACGAGCAGCUCCUCCGCAUCAAGCAGAACCUGGAAAUGGAGAUCGCCACUUACAGGCGUUUACUGGAGGGAGAGGAUGUAGUUAAAGAAGUUCCUCCACCAAAAAAGGAGCCUGAUGUCCGCACCAGGAAGAUCGUGAAGGUGGUGACUCAGACGAUGGUCAACGGCAAAGUGGUGGACGAGUCCAGCGAGGUGGAGCAGAUCGAGGAGACCAAGAAAUAGAAAAAAAGAAUGGAUUUGGAGAUAACACUUACAAGAGUGGUUGGAAAAGGAGAGAGAGAAAACACGAAGAAGCACAUUUUGAGUCAGAGAAAUGUCCUCCUGAAGUUUCCUUGAGAAAAAUGGUCCGAGUACGACAUCGUCAUCAACAACAUCUAACCAAUUAUGCUCUGUAUUCCUGUGCCGUAUUAGUCUUCACGUCUAAAUCCAUUAGGAAUCACAAUUUUGUUUUACUAACAAAAUGUUAGUACUUAACCAUUAAAUGUGUACUUUUUGUGUGGUGAAGUUUACUGUAGUGAAUGUUAUACUACAUUCAUUUGACUCAUUUGACGACAUAAUUUAAUUGUUUUUGCUGUUUUUGUGCUUUAAAUAAAACUUUGAAUGAC